GGCUGUGGUGAAAUUUUUAGCCAACUGCUCGAUGCAAACACUGCUGGCGGACUAUUUGAGCCGGCUGAUUGUCCACCUGCGCCAGGCGGUAAACGAGAAGAAAAGUAACGUUUUAUGCGAUCUGAUAAACAUAGCUUUGUACAUAACAGAAGCGAUAGCGGUGGAUUGUAAGGCGAAGAUCAUUGCAUUCUUGGAGUCGCUCGUUCCAUGCACGGUGAAACUUUACAAGGAAGCAAACUUGCGCAAGGAACAGAAAGUGUCACUGUUCCGGUUGAUGCAUCUGUCGCUGAUAAUGUUGUACCCGGGAGGAAAAUCUCAUACCCUUGCCAAACCACUGACCCGAGACGGUUUGCAGCAGGUCGAGGACGAUGAAGCGCGAAGGAAAACGUUGCGCGAAUAUCAUUACAUACUGACGAGUGAAAUGAAGGCACGGGAUCAGAGUUCGUUCUUUGGCUCGAAUGAGGCCCCUUUUGCUGAUGGUUUCAUUGACUUUGCCGCCCGGUUGUGUUAUACGGUGUACUGGAACGAGGAUAAUUGGAAGGAAUCUAGCGGCGAAGAAACGGCCGCAAAGCGAAACAAACAGUUUAACAAACUGCAAAGCAUCAUGGAGAUGGUCGGUACUGCUCCAAAUCAGCUUAAUUUGCGUUGGUUGUACAUCCUUUCUGCGGUUCUAGACAGAUAUGAGGCAGCACUUACUAGCGACGACUAUGCGCAACUGUUGCAACUGUUGUGCAAUGUGCAACCGAGCCUACAAUCGCCGCACGAGCAUGAUGCUUUCUACCAGUGCUGUUCCGUGCUGCUCGCGUUCGAACAAAAGUCAACCCAUCGAUCGUUGAACACAGCGGCGGCCAGCGGUGAAUCGAUUGGCGAGCUUUGGGCCAAAAUGAUAGCCGCUGCGUUCCGUGCCUGCACCAACACCGCCGCAAGAACGUGCGCUAAAUCCAAUCUCCUGCUGCAGCUAUUGAUUCGCCAUCGAAAGUAUCCGAACGUCGGCUUUCUAAACAGCACCGUGCUGGAAGCCUUUUACACCUAUGCCGUGGAGAAGACGAACCUUAACGUCGGCACGGUGCUGUCCAUCCUGGAGACGGUGGGCAACGCCGAGUGUCUCGGCAGUGUCGACGGUGUGCUGACCAAGCUGCUCAACUAUCUCUAUCCGCAGACGCGCGAAACACAGUCGAAAGCGAUACUACACGCAAAGGAGCGGCUGAGCGCAAAGACGCUGGCACGCAUUUCGAUCCUUUGCGUGGUGACUACAUGUUGCGCAAUGGAUGAGACAGAGCGGCACACACACGCCGGAGUGCACGAUACCUUUUACCGGGAGCGAGACGGGCAGUUGCAAACGCUCGAGCAAAGACUUCGCUACCAUAGUUUAGAGGAAUUGCUAGCGUUGGAGCAGCACAAAAAGGAAGGGAUUGAUGCGGAAUCACCCCAAGGCAGCGCACGAAUCUCUUACAACAUAAACGAACCACUGUUUUUGCGCCUGUGUGAGGUAGUAAGCUUCGACAAGCAUAUCCUGCCCGAUGGGAAUUAUUUUCUAGCCGAUGGAUUGGCAUGCAUCUGCGACGAUUUGGAGUUGUACCUGGAGAUGCUCAACAUUUUGCAGCUGCACGCCGCGUACGAUGAGCAGCAGUGCACCAGGAGCCCACUGUACAAAAAGGUUCUGCUCAAGUUCGACCUACUAAACGGUGGAUUUGAGCGGCUGUUGAAAAACGAUGCGGCCUCCACGCUAAAUCUCAUCAAAACCAGGAACCUUGCCGAGCGAUUGUUGGCCAUCUUUCGUGUCCCUUACCAUCCGUCGGUAAGGAAGCUGCUGCAGCAAACCGAACACACGUUCAUUAUGCGAUGGGCAAUCGGGCAGAUCAGUCUGAAGGAGGGGGAGGAUUCGCAGUGCGUGACCGUGUUGCAGCCGGAUAAACUGGCCACGGAAGAGCAAAUGCAGCGAUGUUUCCUCCACGUCGUAGCGGAAUAUCUGCAGUACGAAGGGCCAAGCCUGAACGAGGCUCACGAGCUGCUGGAUCGGUUGGAACUGAAUGUGUUCAGCAGUUUGGAUUUGUUCUAUCUGUUUGAUCUGUGUCGAAUACUGCUGGCGCAAACUUCCCAUGAGGUGGUGGCCGUAUGGGUACUGAGAAACCUGGUAGAUGUGUGCAAAAACCACUACACCAAUCCUGACAUUACGGAGCAGAUUAUCGAUCUGUACGGUGCUUUAACCGCCUUCGUGAGCCCGUACGAAGACAUGAUCCGCAACGUAACGAUCGUGCUGUACUCGUUCGUAAAACAGUGCGCCAAACACACGUACUCUACCGAGCUGCAGGUGAAGAUACUGGCGCAGGUGAAGUAUCUGCUCCGCGCUUACCCGCAGCACAUCCGUACGCCAACGCACGAGAGCAUCUACAACGGAUUGGUGCCGUUGCUGAGCAGCCCAAGCUAUCGCAUCAAGCUGGAAGCGGUCAGGAAUAUUCUGCACUUCAUGCAGCUCGAAUGGUCACAUCCUGACCUUUCUUCGGUUCCGUGCAGCUUUUACGAGUUUCAGCUGCAACUGUACGAUCAAAUUCAGUUCGAGGAGCUACUAGCGACCGACGGUGGGAUGGACAUGAACGAUGAGAGAAUGAACGUGAUUAGCGGCUGCCUUCAGCUGCUGUUGGGCAUCUUUCGCAUUAGCUUCAUGCUGCGUCGGCGCGCGUUGUGCGAUUUUGUGCUGCUCGUUCAGUUGGGAAGCGUAAACGAUGACAAAAUGGCAAACACCAUACGGCUUAUGCGCACCUCCAGCGAUAUCGACUUCUGCCAGCUGCUUCAAGCUAACCUGGACACCGUACUCGAGCUAUGGCUAACCAAAGGGAAUCGGUUGCUGCAUUUCCCGUUCCGUCUAGCGGGAAAGAUCGCCACGAUCGAAGAGUUUAUCCAACUGUUCAAGAAAAACAUUUCCUUCGUCAUACUCUGCAUGCAGCCGGAACGGUUCGAACAGUUCUGCAAAUCGAUUGGCGUACAGCAGGCAGAAAUGGUGAAGAGUAUACUGCCGAAAUGUGUUUCGUUCCUUCUGCCCAAGUACGCCAAAUGUGAAGGGAUGGCGCCCAAGUAUGAUGCAAUAGCUAGUCGGAUGCACAAAGCACUUGCCCCUAUAAUAAGCACGGUAGAUCUUAAAGAUUACGUGUCGGAAAUUAUCAAACAUCUCACCCACCGAUUGAACGAUCACGUUGAGCUGGGCAAGCUGUUGGACCAGGACCUGCCAAGCUGCUUCGUUGCCGAUCUGUCGCUUAGCAAAGCCACUUACUCGACGGCGCUCGAGCACCUGAAACAGUCGGUAUGGGGAUCGCAAUCGUUCAAGUACACGCUGCUGAGCAAUUUGUGUUUUAAAAACAGCUCACCAAUUGAACGCACCCUAACGGAUGUCAAACGCUGGCUUUGGGCGGCUGAUGAACCGGAGCAGAAAAUGGUACAUCUCUUCCAGUACACGGUGUUUCUCGACCAUCUGAAAGAGUACAUCGGACAGCAGAAGGAACGCGCGUUCAAACCCUAUCUCGUGCGAGAUGUGGUGUAUUUCCUGUGCAACUUGUUGUCCUCCUUUCCCGCCCUACGACUUGCCACGCUCAACAGCUUCGGGCGGUUCCUGGAGCACGUGGUCGCAUCUAGCGAUGCGUGCGAGCUGCUCUCGGAACAUUUGCACUUCAUAGUGUCAUCAUUGCUGGAGGUGGAAAAUGUCGAUCCGGCAUCGGAGAUUUCUCAAAAAUCGCUAACUCUGCUACGGUUUCUGAUCUUACAACACUCUGCCGCGUUUGCGGGUGCGAUCGGUAAGCUGAAUUAUCUACCAAAGGACGAACGAUUCGAUCAGUUGCGGCUUGCUAUAUCGCGCCAAAAAACGAUCGGUCAUGAAAAUGUGCUGCCAAGGGAAGAAAUCGCGGCGCUGAUUGAGUUGCCCAAUUUAGAUACGAAGAUUUGGCUGCGCUGAAGAUUGUGCUCACCACCAAAAAGAAAGAUCUAAAAUUAUUGUGCGAUGAGCUGAGCGAGCAAAGCGCAUCGUCGGGCGCUAAUGGGGAAAGCGUGCUUCAUCGGUUAGUCUACACUUUGCUGGAAGUUGUGCGCAGCUCCCCGUUCGACAAGCGAUCGAUGGAAGCUCUCCGAUGUUUGAGUGAAAUAGGACCGAUCGAUCUGGGAACAAUGCAGUUAAAAUCCGACGCAGAAAUGAUUGCUUACGAUACAAUCAACAACUCGAAGGAAGCAAUCGAACGAUGUGCUGCGGUGCUGCUGAGCGAAUUGAACGAGCUGAUAACGAACAGAAA